AUGUCUUCUAUGGAGUCCAGUGGGGAUGGGGGGAAAUGGCUGGAUGCACACUAUGACCCAGUGGCUGGUCUCUAUACCUUCUCAUCCUGUGUUGACCUGGCAGAUCUUAGUGGGGAUGGGGAAAACCGGCUGGUGGUGGGGGACCUGGGGACUGGCUCUUCCGGUAUGAAGCUGAAGGUUUACCGUGGAACGGUGUUGAUAAGUGAAAACACGCUGCUGGACCUGCCUGCUGGCCUUGUGGCCUUCUUCAUGGACCUGCAUGAGCCCCGAAUUCCUACCGUGGCCGUGGCCUCUGGACCCUGCAUCUACGUCUAUAAGAACCUGCGACCAUACUUCAAGUUUACACUGCCUAGCCUGGAUAUCAACCCGCUGGAGCAGGAUGUGUGGCAGCAGGUGAGGGAGGGUCAAAUCGAUCCUGUGAUGCUGAAGGAGAUGCUGGAGAGCAUCAGAAAGAAGGCAGAUAUACCACUGUCUGUCCGAUCACUUAAAUUCCUGUGUCUGGAGGCUGACGAUGUGGACGAGUUUGUUCAGUUGCACAAACAGCAGCCAAUCAGGCGGCAGACAGUCAUCAGCUGUAUUGGGACUCUAAAGAAGAGCACUGCUGAUGAUGACGGGAUUAGCUGUUUGGUGAUCGGUACAGAGAGCAGCGAAAUUUUCAUCCUCGACCCUGAAGCAUUCACCAUCAUCUGCAAGAUGUCUCUUCCUGGUGUUCCUACUAUGAUGGACGUCACGGGUCAGUUUGAUGUGGAAUUUCGCAUCACAGUGGCCUGUCGCAAUGGCAGCAUCUAUAUCUUGCGCAGGGAGUCUGAGAAACCAAAGUACUGCAUCGAGCUGUCGUCCCAUCCAGUUGGGCUGGUGAGAGUUGGGAAGAAUGUGGUUGUAGGAUGCACUGAUGAGAGUCUGCAGGGCUUCACACAGAAGGGUAAGAAGUUGUGGAAGAUCAUCUUGCCUGCUCCCAUCACCACAAUGGCUUCCAUGGACCUCCCGAAUAGGGGACUUCAGGCAAUACUGGUGGGCCUGGCAAACUGUCAAGUACAACUGUACAGGGAAAAGAACCUGCUUAGUACCAUUAGGACACCCGACAUGGUCACCAGCAUCUGCUUUGGUCGGUACGGCCGUGAGGAUGGGACCCUCAUCAUGACCACGAAGGGAGGUGGCCUCAUGGUGAAGAUCUUAAAGAGGACAGCGGUGUUUCAUGAUCAGGACAGUGCUCCUGGCCCACCAUUGGCUCAAAGUGUCCGCCUCAAUGUCCCUAAGAAGACCAAACUGUAUGUGGAUCAGACACUGAGGGAGCGGGAGAAUGGCUUGGCCAUGCACCGUGUCUUCCACAUGGACCUGAGCCGCAUGAGGCUGGCUGCUACCCGAGCCUAUGUCAAAGCUCUGGAGUCCAGCCUUACCCCGAUGUCCUCCAGCCUCUCAGAGCCCCUUAAAAUGAAUGCUGUGGUCCAAGGCCUUGGACCAUCCUUUAAGCUAACCCUGAAUGUCCAGAAUACAGCUUCCUGUCGGCCCAUCAUGAACCUGGCCAUUAGCUUUCUUUACGACAAUAACCUGUACCGGAUCAGAAAGCCAUACAUGAGGAUCCCGUUGCUGGUGCCGGGCCUUAUCUACCCCUUUGAGACCUUUGUGGAGUGCACUAGCGACAAGGGCAUAUCUGACAUCAUUAAGGUGUUUGUGCUGCACGAGGAGAAAAGCUUGCCUCUGCUGACAGCUCACAUCAACAUGCCAGUCAGCGAGGGUUUGAUGCACAACUGAAGCCUGGCAUUCCUGUUCACUGGUGCAUAAUCUGCUUCUUCAACGCAGAAUGUAGAGAGGAAGCUUUUAGUAAAAGAACUAUUGAACAGUGAUAUCUUUCAGCAGGACUGGAUCAGAAGCAGCUGGUUAGAUUGCUGGUUUCCAGCAGUCAGUCAUUAAUGGUGAUUAACCUGUGAAAGAAGAUGCUAAAGUGUCAGAUUAAAGAGUUCCCGAAUUUCUUUACUGGUCUCUUAAGCUGUAAACCAAAUAUUUUAAUCAAAUACAUCCAAACUUAUUUUAACUGACAGAACUGCUUGACCUGACCUCGAAAGGUGUUCUUCAAAACGUUAAUACCAAGACUGAAGAAGUCACGCCUCAAUGGAAUUUCAGAAAUGAUAAGAAUUGGAUAUUUCUGAUGCAGUGCUACAGAAAGUAAAAAACAAGGAUAUGAUUCAUCCCUUUUCUGAUUAUAACAAAGAUAGAACACAAAGGUUGAAUAGAAAAAUGUCACAUUAUACAAUUACAUGUAGUCUCCACAGAUAUACUAUAGUAAAUUGUAGCUAUAUCACAAUAAAAAAGAAAAACUUGCACAGUUAAAUCCUUGUUAUUUUUUGUUUUCUGUGGCUGAUUUCUAGUUGUGCUCACUCUCAUUAGCUCCUUUAUACCCCGCAUCCUCUUUGUGUUCUGUCUUUUCACCCCCCUGCCUGAGUAAAGCAGCAGUUCCUCAGUUAGUCCCAUCUAAUAGGGUUUUUCGCAAAUGACGUCACAUUUUCCCAGAGACUGCUCAAGUUGCCUGGAUGUUCGGACUGGAGUACAAACUUAGAGUGGCAACAUCUGCAAUACCAAUCAUUUUGGAAGAUGACGACAUCCCAGGAGCUUUAUUUCAACUUACUUCAAAUCGAGUGUUGUGCAAUCGAGUCAUGAGGAAAAAUCAGACUGAGUUGUAUGCAAAUAAAUUUGGGACUUUUACAGGCACCAAGGGACUGCCCCUCACUGCAGGGGGCGUCACUGUAUAAUACUUGUUGUCCACAGACAAUCGCUCUCAUUUCCCGCUGCUACGUUGGAGCAUCAUGAGGGAGAGCACUCUCAUCAUCCUCUGCAUAGCGGAGGACCCGACUGGAGUUCGGAUGAACUGCAGGCUGGGUCGAAGCUAAGUCCCCAGUCAAUUCUAUGGCGUCACGUUUAUGUCAAAACCCCCGCAAGCAAAAUAAACAUACUCGCAUGUAUCUUAAA